AUGCACACAUGUAAUAACCUUCCGUACUUAAAUAGUUCUCUUUUUUCCAACUCUCGAAAACUUAAUAAUAUUAAUUUUCCACCAAAUAUCAAAGAACUACGACAUGGUUGUUUCUAUAAUACAGAAUUACUGAAAUCAGUUGUAUUUCCCGAUUCCUUAGAAACAAUUUAUGAAUGGUCUGAUACUCAUAUUCGAGUUUUUAAUAAUUAUCUUGAAUCAGUGACAAUAACAUCAAAUUCUAAUCUUACAAAAAUAUACGAUGAUGUAUUUUUUAAUACAAAAUUAAAAUAUUUUUUUAUUCCUCAAAAAGUCCAAUUAAUUGUACCUUCAGCCUUUUCUGGUGUUCCAAUUGAGAGAUUUGACGUUAAUUCUAGAAAUCCAAAUUUUAGAUCAGAAGGUAAAGUUAUUUACGCUGGAAGUAACAACAACACACUACAUUUGGUCUCCUCCAUAAUGUCAGGAUCAUACACUAUUCCAUCAUUUGUAAUCCAUAUCAAUAAUAACUGCUUUAGAAGCACGCAAGUUUCCAAAAUAAUUGUCCAUCCAAAUAUAGAAACAAUUGGAGCACUUGCUUUUGUGUCAACACGAAUCACAUCAUUUGAGUAUAAUUCAAAGAUAACACGUAUUGAAGAACGAACUUUUGCUAGUUGUCGUCUGCUAGAAAAUGUCACAGUUAAUGAUUUGAUAACAUAUAUUGGGAAUCAAGCUUUUUCUGAUUGCAUAUCGUUGAAAGAUAUCAAACUUCCUCCCAGUCUAACAACAAUUGGAGCAUCAGCUUUUUCUAACUGCCAACAGUUAAAUGACAUGAUAUUGCCCUCAGGUGUGACAACAAUGGGAAGUUCAAUAUUCAAAGGUGUUCGAUCAACAUUUGUUCUGGAUUGUUCUAAGAAUAAUAACUUUUUCAUGGAUAAUGGCUUGUUUUAUGUAAGUGGCAAGCAAAUAUUAUUGGAGUACUUCGAAAAUGUACAAACAUCAGUAACUAUACCUUCUGAAUGUACUACUGUUUCCGAUUCAGUUUUUAAAUCUUCAUCUAUCCAAAACAUCCAAUUUUCAGGUAGUUCUGAGAUGACAAUUGGAAAAGAAGUUUUCUUAGAAUCCUCAGUUCGAACAGUUUCAUUUCCAGCAUCAUUGAAGUCCCUCGGAACAGGAUGCUUCAAGAACUGCUUAGAGUUGACUACAAUCACAUUCACUGGCACAAUGAUCACUGAGAUUCCAGUUGAAUGCUUUUGGAACUGCCCAAAACUCAAAACGAUAACUUUGCCAACAUCAAUUCAAAUAAUCAACAAGUAUGCAUUUUAUGGAUGCACAUCAAUUAGUGACAUAGGACUAGACAAGACAAAUCUUAAACAGAUCCUCGAAGAAACAUUUAAAGGUUCAAGUUUAAGUAUUGCAAUCCUUCCAUCAUCAACAACAUUCCUUGAUAGUCAAUGUUUCUUCAACACUAAAGUCACCAAGUUUUCAGCACCUUGUGAUAUUCCGAAAAGUUGUUUCCUAUCAUCAGAAUCAAUUGAGUCAGUUGAUAUUAGACAAGGAUGUGUUACUAUCAAUGAUAAUGCAUUCGACAGUUGUACAUCUCUCGUCUCAGUCAACAUAUCUAGCAGUGUUAGAACUAUUCGAUAUGGUGCAUUCGCUAACUGUGUCAGUCUUCGAAACUUCUUCAUCGGCAGAAAUGGAUCUCUCGAAACUGUUCAAGGCGGAAGUUUCAGCAACUGUCCAGACCUCCAUAACAUCACACUCGAUCCAGGUGAAGGUCACUUCCGAUUCUCUAGUGGUGCACUUACAGACUGGUAUGAGACAAAGAUCAUCUUCUUCCUUCCAAGCUCUAACAUCAACACAUUCAUCAUUCCUAUCAGCAUGCGCACAAUCGGCAGCUAUGCAUUCAUGGGUGCGACAAAGCUUACACGUGUCUUGUUCAACGGCAACCAGAUCGAAGAGAUCGGUUAUCAAUCAUUCAAAGGCUGCAUCAACCUGGAAUUCCUCUUCUUCAACUCACCAAGUCUUCGAAGCAUCAAUUCUAACUCAUUCGAAGACUGUCCAUCACUUCACAAAUGCGGUACUAUCUCAUGCCCAACAUCAGUCAAAAACAUAUUCCUUCAAAACUCAUUCAGCGAGAAGAGUUUCUCGGUCACAUGUCCUGUCAACAAAGUCUGCUCAAUCCAAUGUCGUCCAAUGAAUUUCUUAUCAUUUUCUGUUUUUAUUUUCAUGUACUUACACCAAACUAUUCUAACUCCAUUUUAA